GAAAACGAAGAAAUAUAACAUAACCUAGAAAUUAAUAUUAAAAAUUUAAAUAAAAUUAUGAAUUUUAUAAAUGAACCCGUUGAAAGUAUCGAUUAAUUAUGAUUUUUACGACAACAUUGCUGACUUCUCUUUUGAAAUUACUCCUCAUUCCAGCUUAUCGUUCCACCGAUUUCGAAGUCCACAGGAAUUGGUUGGCAAUUACACACAAUUUACCGCCGAGAAAAUGGUAUUUUGAAGCUACAUCGCAAUGGACUUUGGACUAUCCACCCCUUUUCGCUUGGUUCGAAUAUGCACUGUCUUUAGUGGCUUAUUUCUUCGAUCCGAACAUGCUCAGCAUCGACCGCUUGAAUUAUUCUUCAGAGAGAACCGUUUUAUUCCAAAGAUUGUCGGUGAUUGUUACCGAUUUGGUCUACGCUUUGGGCGUUUUAAUGUGUUGUUCGUCUUUGAAGAAAAGUUGGGGUAAAGAAGUCGUCUUGCCUAUUUUAUUAAUCACAAAUUGCGGACUGUUGAUGGUCGAUCACAUCCAUUUUCAGUACAACGGGUUCAUGUACGGCAUUUUAUUAAUAUCUAUAGCUUAUAUGUUACAAGAGAAAUAUUUACAAUCGGCUUUUUGGUUUACGAUACUGCUAAACCUGAAGCAUAUUUACGUGUAUUUAGCGCCUGCGUAUUUUAUUUAUUUGUUGAGGCAAUAUUGCUUGAGAGGACCGUUAAAGUUUAAUGCGAUAUUUACAUGUGAUACUGUUAGAAGAUUCGCAACGUUAGGAAUGCUCGUUUUGAGCAUAUUCUUCGUAACAUUUUUGCCUUUUUACGACCACCUGCCUCAAGUUCUCUCUAGAUUGUUUCCAUUUAAGAGAGGCUUGUGUCACGCUUACUGGGCCCCGAAUGUUUGGGCUAUUUACAACACAAUCGAUAAAAUCGGAUAUACUCUAGCAUCGAAAUUCAACCCGGAGUUGGUGAGCAAUCGAACAGCAUCGAUGACAGGAGGACUAGUACAAGAAUAUUCACAUUCCUUAUUACCCAACGUCACACCGUUCGUUACCCUCUUAUUAACAGCUCUCUUUAUGCUACCUGCAGCCGUUAAAUUAUUUUCCUUACACAAACCCGUCCAUUUUUUGAGGUGCAUGGUACUAUGCGCUUUGACUUCGUUCCUAUUCGGCUGGCACGUGCACGAGAAAGCCAUCCUAAUGGUCAUCAUACCACUAAGUAUACUAUCAAUCGGCGAUGUAGAAGACGCCAGGAUGUUUCUACUACUCUCCACCGCUGGGCACUAUUCUCUGUUUCCUCUGUUGUACGUGCCCUCGUUGCUGCUGGUGAAAGUCCUGCUGUUGGCGCUCUACACGCUGUACUCCUUCCACAGUUUGUGCACGUUGCAUGCGCACCACGUUCGGCCUAAAUCGAGAUUCAAUUUGCCGCUGCUCGCGACGUCGGAGAGCCUCUAUCUCGCCGGGCUGUUGGGCGUCUUCGCCUACGAGAACGUCAUUCACGGGCUCGUGCUCGGCUUGAACGACAAACUGCCCUUUUUGCCGUUGAUGGUUACGUCGGUUUAUUGCGCGGUUGGUAUCGUGUAUUGCUGGGCGCGGUAUUAUUUUAGUUUUUUACGAAGCGGUAGCGAACACAAGUCGAUGAUGGCGAAGAAAGGCGAGUAAAUAAAGCGAUUCGUUUAAGAAAGGUUUUUUUUUGUUUAGAUUGGCUUGUUGGAGUCGCAAUAAAA